AUGAUCCAAGGCGGCGACAUAAUCACGGGAAACGGAACCAACGGAGAAAGUAUUUACGGAAAGAAAUUCGACGGUCAGUCUAAAAAACCUGAAUUUAUUAGACGAGAAUUUUUUAGUAAAACACGACCGUCCUUUCCUGCUUUCCAUGGCCAACAAGGGCCCCAACACAAACGCCUCACAAUUUUUCAUAACGACAGUCCCCUGCCCUCAUUUGGACGGGUUUUGAAAUAUUUUUGUGUAUUUGUAAGAAAGCACGUGGUUUUUGGACAAGUGAUUUCAGGAGAUUCCGUGAUUAGGCGAAUUGAGUCGUUGGAGACGGACAAACACAACCGUCCGUUGACGAGUGUCACGAUUGAGGGGUGUGGAGAAAUGGUGUGGCAGACCAAUGUGAGAAAGAAAGCACGGAAGGCUGAGAAAGAAGCCAAAAUAAAGCGGAAAGAAGAAAGAAAUGCAAGAAGAGAGGCUAAAUUGAAGAGGAAAGAAGAAAGGAGAUUGUUUAAGGAGAAAAUGGCCAGGGCAGCCGAGAAGGGAAUGGGAGGAAAUGUCAAUGCUGAGGAAUAUGGCUCAAUUGUCAUCGAUCCUGACGAAAUCCCCCAAACCCCCGUCAAUUUCUUAAAAAGGAAUCGGAAUGGGCCUGUUGUGGUCAAAAAGUAUAACUACGGGGAGAAUAGAGUUGAUCGUUCUGGUCGUGUUAUUAAAGGGAGGGGGGCUGAGGUUGUUUGGAGGGGUUAUUUUAGAGGUACCGAUCGCCUGGGAGAGGAAGGAGUCCGCCCACUCCUCCGCAUUGGAAGGAGGCGGAUAGUUUGA